AUGCAAUUUAUUUUGUUUGCAGCAAUUUGUGAAGAAAAAUGGAAAGUUUAUAAAGGGAAUAAGGAAAAUCAGAAACAGGAUCAUCAUAUAAAACAGGAACAUAUAAAACAGGAACGUCAACGGGAACAUAUAAAACAGGGACGUCGACAGGAACGUCAACGGGAACAUAUAAAACAGGAACAUCGACAGGAACAUCGACAGGAACGUCGACAGGAACGUCGACGGGAACGUCAACGGUCUUUUGUGGCAUUGCCCGCCUCUCCAUCGGGUGUAACUCGUCGUUGCACCUUCGAAUUAAAAAAGGUUAAUUUGGACAUAGAUGGCUUCACUCGUACGGUGUGGUCGGUGAACGGACAGUAUCCUGGCCCUAUUAUCCGUGCAAAUAUUGGUGAUACAUUUGAAAUUAAUGUAAUUAACCACCUCGGAGAUUUUUCCGGAGUUCACUGGCAUGGACUCGAACAAAGGGGCACUAAUUGGUAUGAUGGAGCAUCUGGAAUUACCCAAUGUCCCAUAAAAGACGGGAAGAAUCUUACCUACUCAUUUAAGCUUACACAAUCGGGAACAUUCUGGUACCAUUCUCACUAUCUCGCCCAAUAUGUCGACGGCUUAAAGGGUCCUAUUGUUAUUCACGAUCCUAACGACCCAAACAAAGGUCUUUACGAUCUUGAAUACGUGAUGGAGAUUUCGGACUGGUAUCGCACACCAACCACGGAUCCGGGAAUGGUGCAAUUGUUCAUGAGUGAUGGCUAUACGGGAGGUGAUCCUGUCCCUGACUCUGGGGAAAUCAGUGGUGUCGGUCAAUAUAACUGCACGAUCCCAGAUUGUACACCCAAGAAAUUUGCGACCUAUAAAGUCACGAAGGGUAAACGAUACAGAUUCCGUAUAAUUAACACUAGCGCGAUGCUUCAUUUCAUAGUUAUGAUCGACAACCACCCGCUUCAGGUUAUUGAAGUUGAAGGGACUGCCAUCAAACCAUACACGACCAACUAUAUACCGGUCAACAUCGCCCAACGAUACUCGGUAAUCGUUAAUGCGAAUCAGCCUGUCGGAAAUUACUUUAUUCGUGCCAUCAUUUCCGACUGCAGUUUGGGUGGCGGACCUGGAACAAUUAACGGUGAUAGCCCUAUUUAUGACAACUUGGGAAUUACUGGCAUCCUUCGAUAUGAGGGUGCAUCAGGAUCCGUCCCCACCACGAAGCCAUUCACUCUCAGUGGGCCACCCGACUGCUUGGACAUUAGUUCGGCUAACUUGAAACCAUUAAAAUUGGACAAACAAGUGCCGACUGAUAAAAAUGUUCAACGUGUCACGCUUACAAUUGGCAUUAACGUAAGACCCAGGUUGCAAGCAACAAUUAAUAAUUCGUCGUUUGAAGUAGACUUCAACCAUCCAUCCAAUGAAAGGGUUCAGGACGGAACUCCAUUUGUUACUUCGGACAAUGCCUACACUAUCAAUAAGUCAAAUGCUCCCGUAGAGAUUGUCUUGGUUAACACAGAACGUCGAACUCAUCCCUUCCACUUGCAUGGACACUCAUUUUGGGUUGUGGCCCAAGGUGGUGUAGGCAGCUUCAAUCAAUCCAUCAGCUCCUUGAAGUACAACUUCGACAAUCCACCUUUCCGUGAUACUUUAACCAUCGACGCGUUGAGUAUGACGGCCAUAAGGUUUUACGCCGACAAUCCAGGCGUCUGGCUGAUUCAUUGUCACAUAGAAUGGCACGUCGAGAUGGGGAUGGUUGCUCAGUUGAUAGAGGUUCCCGAUGAAUUCAAGAAACUCACUAUUCCUGACGGUGUCAAACAACUGUGCAAAUAG